AUGGUGGAGGCAUCGCCGGAGUCCGGCGCCGCGGCUGCCGGAGGCGCCUCUGGUACGGCACCGCCGCGGAAGGGAAAGUCGUGCAAGGGAUGCCUCUACUACUCGUCAGUGCUCAAGUCCCGCGGCUACAACCCAAUCUGCGUUGGGAUCCCCCGCUCCAUCCCCCAAGUUCCUAACUACGUGGUGGAUGAGCCUAAGGAGGAGGCGACGGCGCAGGGGCAUGAUCUCAGGCGGUUCAGGUACGGGUGCGCGGGUUACUCCAUGUUCGUCGACAACAGGGACGGCCAGGGUGGUGAGAGCGAGGGCAGGACGUUGCUGCCGUAUUGUAGGGGCCUCGAGUUAUUGGUGGACAGCAGAUUGGUUGAGAGAAAACCAUCGACAGCUGAACAAGCUCCAGCACAUGUUGCAAAGGAUGGUUUAAGAGGAGUGCUGGACUGGUCGCUUCAGGUGUUGCAAAGAAUCUAA